GCCGAAGCCUGGAGGCUCAGCGGUGAUUCAGCCGCGGAGCAGCGGGAAGGAGACAGUGGAGGUGAGAAGGAAGGAAUAAAAGGAGAGAAGAGAAGAACAUUUUAAGAGACGGAGGAGGAGAGCGGGAGCUGCGCGCCGGUUCGGAGCCGCGUUUUCAUCGCUUAACAAAACCUUGAGAAAGAGGAUUUUUUUAUUUUGAAAACUUCUCCCAUCUCAGCUAAAACCUGCAUUUACUAAACAACAACAACAACAACAACAACAACAACAACAAACAAACUGGAAAAUUCGGGUUGCUGUGGAUUUUGACCGAUGCGCACCGGAGCUAUCCAGGGGUGUAGCCGCGUCGUGCGUCUUUGCGCUGUUAGAGGUUGUGUGUGACUUAAGUGUGAGAAAGAGGAGGAUACAGAUAGAGGUGGAGGAUCAGCCGGAGUGGCCGACCAGCCAGAAGGAUGCUGGAGGGCAAUGCCUGCAGAAAGAGAGGAUGAGAUUUGUCGAAAGGCGCUGGAACUGCUCUCCGACCUUUGCUCCAAGGGAGAGGUGCAGGACGACAACUGCCUGGAUUUCAUCUAUUACUUCAGGGACCUGGUCAGACCCCGUUACACGGACUCAGAUGUAUCGGUGAGCCUGUUGUCUCUGCUGGUGACCACCUGUGGCCUGGCUCUCAGCGUCUCCCUCUUUGUGUCAUGGAAGCUCUGCUGGGUGCCGCUAAGCGGUCGCUUCCUCCCAGAUGUCCUCAAGGGGGCACACUUCUUGGGAGGGAACCAACAACCUGUCCUCACAGAGGUGGACGGAGGAGGAAAGGAAUACAGUGAAGAUGGCUGUGUGAAGGAGCCUUCGGCCCCUUCUGGUGUUCCUGUCCCGGAGUCGGCCCUGAAGAUAAGCCACACGUCACCUGACAUCCCGCUGGAAACCCAGACCAAGGUGGAGAAAAACCAGGUUCACACCUCUGGCCAGGGACAGGGUUCAGAGGCAGAUACUGAGCCUACCUCGUCUGUACGGCACAACUCCUUUCGUCGUCAAAUGAACUUAUCCAAUCCUGACUUCAACCCUGCUCAGUUCCAGCGCCGGAGGUCUUUGUCUGGUGUGGGUCGGAUCAAACCAGAACUUUACAAGCAGCGCUCAGUAGAUGCAGAAGAUGGCCAUAGAACCAGCAGCUGCGGGCGCCUUCACUUUAUCCUUAUUGACUUUGACCUGGAGCAGCUGAUCGUGAAGAUCCACAAGGCCCAGGACCUUCCUGCCAAGGACUUCUCAGGGACCUCUGAUCCUUACGUCAAGAUCUACCUGCUGCCCGACGCACAACCAAGCACCCAGAACAAGGUGCACCGCAAGACACAACCAGUAUUCGAUGAAGUGUUCCUCUUUCCCGUGGCAUACGCCGAGCUGUCGAACCGUAAGCUGCACUUCAGCAUCUACGACUUUGACAGGUUCUCUCGCCAUGAUUUGAUUGGCCAAGUGGUGGUGGACAACUUCUUGGAUCUUUCCGACUUUCCCCGGGAGACAAAACUGAGCCGGGACAUACAAUAUGUAACCUCGGACAAUGUGGACCUUGGAGAGCUGAUGUUCUCACUGUGUUAUCUCCCAACGGCUGGCAGGCUUACCAUCACAAUCAUUAAAGCCAGAAAUCUCAAAGCCAUGGACAUCACUGGAGCUUCAGAUCCAUAUGUGAAAGUGUCUCUGAUGUGUGAUGGUCGAAGGCUAAAGAAGAGAAAGACAUCGACUAAGCGUAACACUCUGAACCCGGUGUACAAUGAAGCCAUUGUGUUUGAUGUUCCUCCUGAAAGUAUUGAUCAGAUCAGCCUGCUGAUAGCUGUCAUGGACUACGAUCGGGUUGGACAUAACGAAGUGAUCGGGGUGUGCAGGGUGGGCAGCGAGGCCGAGAGCCUGGGCCGGGACCACUGGAACGAGAUGCUGACGUACCCGCGAAAGCCAAUUGCACACUGGCACCCGCUCGUGGAGUGGGUCGGACAGGGAGCGACAGUGAGUGGGAGCCAAGGAGGAUCCACCAAUUCCCUGAAGACACCACCAUCACCAUAACCACACACACACACACACACACACACACACGCACACGCACGCACACACACACACACGCACACACAGCCUCAGGGUGGGAGAACGAUGGGCCAACAGAGAGUCCUACUUAAGGUUAAAACAUACAGUGCAAAGUGAAACUAACAAGUGACUGCAGUAGUGGGCUAACAUCAGCUAUAAGCCAAUAUUCAAACUGUGUGUCAUUAGAGUGAGCUAAGUGUUAGUGUGCUAAGAUUGGAGCAAAGUCUAAUUCCCAUUUCUUACUUCCUCUUGUGUCUUCACAACCAAAUAAACACUUAACGACAUUCCAACUAAACUAGUACAAUACUUUUGUCAUAUUGACCUGUUACUGACAGAAUUAACAGAUUAUCUAACAGAUUAAGCUUCUGCCUUUUUUUUUGUUUUUUUUUAGGGAAAUUGCCGUCUGUGGACCAAAAUAUUAUAUUUUUAGGUGAAUAUGUAAAGCUGUGACUGUUGAUUUGUGCAAGUGAUGAGCUAUCCUAGGCAACAUGUUUGCUCCAUAGUAGGAGCUAGAAAGGUGAGUGGCAGAAUUAGAAAGCAUCACUGUUCAGAUCAACACAUUUCAGCUCGUUUCAGCGUUUUAUUUGUUGUGUUGAACAUUCAUACUCGUCACGUGUUGGUUAUACAGUAAGUUGCCAGUGGCAGCCGGAGCAGACGUGAACAGAGGAGAGUCGAAUGCAAAUUAGGUCAAAUAAAAUUGAAGAGGAUUUAAUCCAAGAAUGUGUAAAACAUCUGACAGAAGGAAUUUUCCUUUUAGUGCAUGUUAGAUUGGCAUACUUUGUUAACAGGGUGUGGUCAUAAUAAAGGAAACAUAAGUUGUCAUCAGUGGAAAAAGGGCAGUCCACUCAUAUUAUCAUAACAACAUCAUGAUAACCAAUGUGACCAUCAUUGUAACACUUUGUAACCCAGAAACCAACCAGAACUUACUGAUGUACUAAUGUCAUUUAGCCUUACAAGGACUUUAAAACAUAAUUGGAAAAUAUGCAUAACAUGAAAUAACAGAUUUAUGUAAAGCUGUAUGACUUAUGGUUAUAGUAUAGACGCUGUACAGCCGCAUUCACUCAUUUGUUUUUUCACUGUCACACGUGUUAUAGUUACUUUUGGAAAUCAUCUCACACUCUUGCAGAGAAACGCUUACUUUGUAAAAAUUUGCCACUCAGAAAGUUUUGACUGCUUUUAGAGCUCUUGCACAGGAAACAGCUGCUGGAAAUGAGACUGAUGAGCCAUGAAAACCAAGCAUAAUCUGUGGACUGUAAAGGAGAGAGAUUUUCCCAUGUGAUGAGAUUACACGAGCUCACUUUGAUUUAACGUGCCGAAUGAGGUGGUCUGAGCAGCCUGGAUGAACCGCUGACUUGUUUGCAGUCUGUCUGAUUAUGUGGCUGCUCGUGUUUUUCUGUAGUGAUGUCACCAUGUUCCCAGAUGCUACAGAAAAUCAAACCCGUGUUGUAACAAAUCACAGUUCUCCUUAGGGACCACACGAUGACUGCAGAUGUUAUUGUGCAACCCCUUUGGGACUCCUUUGUGCCUUUUUGAUGUGCUUUGCCAUUUUAUCAUCCAGUGUUCCAAUUUAGCGAGAUGUUUAACAGAUAAUGAAGGUGAUAACCCUAAAUAAUUUGCUAAAAGUGAGGAGCCUUUGAAAUUAAAGGGGUCCUAUAAUGCUUUUUGUUUAAUAUUAUAUAUUGUUAGAACAGGGGGGUGUUCAUAAUAAACAUGGCAAGCAUUUCAAAUAUUGAGGCCAAUGUAGUAAUCUCUGUGUGCCAAAAGAUUUUUUUCCUCAUAGAUCCAUAUGAUGUCAGUCAGGUGAGACACUCCUAAUAUGGUCAUCUCAGCACACAGCUCUGACUGUUCAAACAGCUCCUUACGAAGGGCAGCCAAUCAGAAGGAAUGUGGUUUAAAGGGCGGGGGUAGGAAGCUAAAAAACAAUGCAUGAACUGAGCUUUUUUUUUUUUUUAAACUCUGAGUCAUGCAAAGCUACUCUAUCAGAGUCCCAGAAUUAGAAAAAAAAAAAGAUGGAGCAGGAAAUGAGCAUUAUAGGUCCCCUUUAAAUUAGUGAACUGAUGAUCCCAUACUGAAACAUUUACCUGGAGCUGCCCUGUCCCACUGUAAUGACUCUCAAUGUUGUUUUCCUUUAACUGGGACCAUACUCUGUGGUAGUUUUAAUAAGCCAGUGUUUGUUUGUUUGUUUUUGUUUGUUUGUUUUUAAUCAGAUUAAUACCAGUAUUGUUUAUGGCUUUGUAUUGGACACUGUCACAAAUAAAGAUUUCUUCCGUGUUUGUAGGUACCAUGCAUGCAUCAUUUUUUUGAGUCAUUUUUAAAUAUCUUUUUUGUUGUGAGAUACUAAUCAUAUUGUAAACACAUGUAUUAUGAACCUAA